AUGGUCGGGCAUCGUGCUUCGAAGGCAACGCUCAUGCUGCGAAGCACAGAAGGAGAGAGGGCGCGUCGGAACGCGCUUCGGCUGCGCGCUUCGAAUUGGGACUGGCGUCAAUCGCGACUUAUCAACUUCAACUUCAAUUUCACCUCAUUACCAGCAGCCGGAUUUUCAGGAACAAGACCGAAUUCUGCAAGCUUGACUGGGCAAGGGCCCACAAUUGACAAUCUUGAGCAACUUAACCUCCUCUUCAACCUCGCCUCGAACUCCAAGUCUGCACGUACGACACAGCGUUCAACACAUGUUAUUGCACGACGAACUUCCCCAAAGCUUUACACGGAGGAUAUGGCAGAAUUGCGAACAUUUACCUGCUUCCCGACGCUGCCUUUGGAGAUUCGGAACAUGAUAUGGAAAGAAGCGGCCAACCUCCCGAGAAACCUCGACAUAUGGACACGCCCUACUGGGGUAACCUCCUAUCGGGACAUGGAGUACGGGGACGACCGUCUAGAGUGGAAGAAAUACAGGACAUUUAGAUACACGACACGACAACCUGUUCCUGGAGUUCUUAUUGCUACCAAGGAGUCUAGAGCUGCUGCUCGGGAGUUCUUCGACAUGAGCUUUGGAAUCUACAUUGACUGGGGCGGCGGCGUGAAGAUUACCACAAAUCCUGAGAUCCUCCGCAAUUUCCAAGCAGAUCGAAUCUGCCCCAUGGGCCCUUAUAGCGAGGAGGCAUCCGGGUAUUUGUGGAGCGCGGAACCGUCGCCAUCCUGUGCAGUGAACUUGUAUCGCACGCCCAAGGGCGAUCCCGAUCCUCUCAGUAAACUCCUCUUUUACGCCGACGGCUUCCAUGAGGAAAUUCUUCUCUAUUAUUGUGAAGAAACGGUCGCUAUCAAUGGCUCAUUUGAUUUCCUUGAAUUGUCGGAAGAGCAGGCAUCCUAUCUUGAGUGGCAGGCUCUUCUUGAAGCGCGGCGAAUGCUUCAAGAAGACUUUGACUCUGAGACUGGGCUUAGUAUAGAGGAGGCCAAAUUAAGACAUGAGGAGCAGAGCUUGGGGCCUCCCACCCAGGAGAAUCUUGACUUGGGUUGGGUUUUCCCGAGAAUCAAAUUUAUGGCACUUGUCGUGAAUGGAAUUCGACGACGCUGAAACAGAUCGUGACUUCUCUGAAAAUUACAGCUGUUUUCGCGCCAGUAAUAUAUUUUGCCCGGACCUCCCCGUGGCGCAGUCUCAAG